GCAAGUUCCAAAAAGGGAGGUCAAUUCAAGCUGUUGGGCCGCUGGUCGUUCCCAUGCAGGCCGCGGAAGAGCGAGGAAGGAAAGUUUUGUCUCACGAGGUCGACGAACUUUUAGCAAAACAUAGGCUUGAACUCUUCCGAUGUUUGGAACUAGAGGUUCUUCCUGUGCUUCCUUCGAUGCCGGCUCACAAUGUUCAGGUCAACCCUUUGCCGUCACAGACCCCGCCGACUCUAGCAAGAGUGUCACAGGCUGAUGGAGAAGUCAAAGUACAUGCACAGACGUUGUCAGUGCUUCCGAUUGGUUCCCCUUUGACUGGUUCACGAGUGGAGUUCCAGCUGAGUGGUUUGGGUCAGGACAAACAGCUCAAUUCCAAAGAAAGAAAUCGAAAAAGGCGACAGAAGGCGAGCAACAACAGCAUGUUCAUGUCACAGAGACAACGCUCCGAACUGUUGGCUGAAGCCACUGCACUGGAGAAGUUAACCCGAGGCAAGUGCUAUGAAUGGUUCAGUGGAAUUUUGAUCCUGUUGAAUUGCGUCUUCACCGGCUGGCAAACGGAGAUGAUGGCGCAGCGGGCACUGGCCAACACUGCCAUGAGUGUUGCGAUUGAAACAGCCACUCCAAGUGGAGUUGUUGUGGGACAGGCUUUCUUUACUGUCCUCUUCAGCAUUGAGUUGUCUUUGCGUUGGCUAGCAGAUGGCUUUUUUGAAUUCUUCAGAACGAAGGACUUGUGGUGGAAUUUACUGGACUUACUUUGCGUCUUCAUCGGCGUGGUCGAUUUUGCUGCUGAACUCCUGAUGCUCACCGUGGGCAUGGCAGCCUUUGCACCGCUGAAUACGCUGACCGUGAUCCGCGUCCUUCGAGUUGUCCGCAUCAUUCGGGUGGUCAGAGUCAUCCGCAUCAUGAGAUUCUUCAGGGAGUUGCGGAUGAUGGUGUUCUCCAUCAUGAACUGCCUGAAGUCAGUUCUGUGGAUUAUCUUGAUCCUCUUCAUCCUCUUCUACAUGUUUGGUAUCAUUUUUGUGAGUGGCGUGAUGGGCUAUUUGGACACCUUAGAACUGCGACAACUGCCACGGUAUGAAGCACUUCAGCAGCAUUUCGGAUGCUUGGGCAAUGCUGUCCUGAGCCUCUACAUGGCCAUGAGCGGUGGGAACGACUGGGGAGUGUACUAUGCGAACCUCGCCAGCAUGCAUGGCGAAUGGCAUUUUCCACUGCUCUUCAUUUUGUACAUUACGUUUGCGAUUUUUGCCGUGGUCAACAUUGUCACUGGUGUAUUUGUUGAUACAGCUCUGCAGUCUGGCCGAACAGACAGGGAUGUCGUGGUGCAGGAGGAAAUCGAAAACAAAAAAGAGUAUUUGGAAUCGGUGAAGGCUCUUUUUGAAGCCAUUGAUGCGAACUCUCAUGGGGUCAUUUCGCGAGAAACGUUGGAGCAAUCCUUCGAGAAUGAGACGAUCAUGGCUUUCUUCACUGCACUGAAAAUCAGUGUCCCAGAUGCUGCGACUCUUUUCGAUCUCCUUGACUUUGACGCUUCUGGCGAGCUGGACAUCGACGAGUUUUUGCUGGGGUGCUACCAGCUGCAAGGUGAUGCAACAGGUGUUGACGCAAAAAUCACGCAGGCAGAAGUUCGAUAUGUGAAACAGGUGGUCUUGGGCCUGAAGGAUAGCUUCCAAGAGCUCCUGGAAGACUGGAAUCACUUGAAAAACGAGACCUUGGAGUGAAGGGUAUCCUUUGACUCCGUGGACCGGAAGUAGGA